UUUCUUCUUCAAUCCAAGCAAAGUAUCAUCAUUCAUCGCCACACCCACAUCUUCUCCAAGAAAAAUAUUUUCUUCUUCAUUUCUUGAUUUCUCUAUUUCAAGAAUCAAAGCCAUGCCUACUAUUUUCUUCAUCUUUCUCAUAAUUUUCUUGAAAUUAAUCCAUUUCAACCAUGCCCAUUUGAAUCCGUGCCGUUCUUAUUGUGGAAAUAUCACUAUAGAUUACCCUUUUUCACUUCAAUAUGGCUGUGGUCACCCUGGUUUUAGAGACCUAUUAUUCUGCAUAAACGACGUACUAAUGUUUCACAUAAGUUCAGGUUCUUACCGUGUACUAGAAAUUGAUUAUGCUUAUCAAUCUCUCACUCUUCACGAGCCUCAUUUGUCAAAUUGUGACACUAUUGUGCUCGGCAGCAAGGGAAAUGGGUUCUCCGUCGAGCCGUGGCGGUCGCCGUACUUUAAUCCAACGGCAGAUAAUGUGUUUAUGCUUAUAGGUUGCUCAGCUAAAUCACCACUCUUCCAAGGCUUCCCCGGAAAGCACUUGCCUUGUCGGAACGUUUCAGGGAUGGGAUGUGAGGAGUAUUAUGGGUGCCCAGCGUGGAGCGUAGUGGGCCGGCGGCAUGCUGGGUCAAUGUUUGGGUCCGGCCCACCGGAGUGUUGUGCUGUGGCAUUUGAGGCUAUUAAGGCAAUCAAUUUAAGCAAGCUAGAGUGUGAAGGGUAUAGCAGUGCUUACAGUCUUGCACCGCUAAGGGUUGAUGGGCCUAGUGAAUGGUCAUUUGGGAUAAGAGUGAAGUAUUCAGUGCAAGAGAAUGAGGAAUUUUGUAGAGCUUGUGAGGCAACUGGUGGCACUUGUGGGUAUGGCUCUGAUGGGAUUAGACAGAUGUGCAUGUGUGCAGAUUUCAACUCCACGUCAAAUUGUGAUUCAGUUAUUUCAGGAACAAGCAGCAGAAGAUGGUCGAGGUUGGGCACAGUAGCAGGUACCUUGUUCGCAACUAAACUUAUCCAAGUACCUAAUUACCUAAUUACGUAUGGGCCAUGAACAACUCACUUCAUAUGGCCGAAAAUAACGCAAAUCACAAAGUUAGGAUAUUUGAUCUGUCUAUUAGCAUGGGCAGCUGGCAAUUCCGGUUGACAGAACAGCAGAAGAGAGAGAGGAUAUUUUUGGAAAAAAGAAAAAGAAGUUUAACACUACCAUAUUAUAUGAAUUAAAUAUGGAAAAUUUUUGUGAUUGAUUAUUUAAAAAUAUUAUAUUUAUUAUCCAUCAUACUCUUCUUUGUUUAGAUGUAUGGGAAUCCUUCAUUUAAUUGUUUUUCUUUUCUAAAA